AUGACACAGGCAUGGGACCCUGCAGGGUUCUUGGCUCGGCGGAGGGACGUGAAUGAGGAUGACAACGAUGAAACUACUCGGUCAAGCCUUUUUGUUUACACCAACAGCAACAAUACUAGGGGCCCAUUUGAAGGUCCCAACUAUCACAUCGCCCCACGUUGGGUAUACAACCUCACCAGCCUCUGGAUGGUCUUUGUGGUCAUUGCAUCCAUCUUCACCAAUGGGCUGGUGCUGGUGGCAACCAUGAAGUUCAAGAAACUGCGUCACCCUCUGAACUGGAUCCUGGUGAACCUGGCUGUGGCUGACCUGGGGGAGACUGUCAUUGCUAGCACCAUCAGUGUCAUCAACCAGAUUUAUGGUUACUUCAUCCUGGGCCACCCGCUAUGUGUCCUAGAGGGCUACACCGUCUCUCUAUGUGGCAUCACAGGGCUCUGGUCCCUGGCCAUCAUUUCCUGGGAGAGGUGGGUGGUGGUGUGCAAGCCUUUUGGUAAUGUGAAGUUUGAUGCGAAGCUUGCCAUGGUCGGCAUCAUCUUCUCCUGGGUCUGGGCAGCUGUCUGGACUGCACCACCCCUCUUUGGCUGGAGCAGGUACUGGCCUCAUGGGCUAAAGACGUCCUGUGGUCCCGACGUGUUCAGUGGCAGCUCUGAUCCCGGAGUUCAGUCCUACAUGAUUGUCCUCAUGGCCACCUGCUGUAUCUUUCCUCUCAGCAUCAUCCUGCUCUGCUACGUCCAAGUGUGGCUGGCCAUCCGGGCAGUUGCUAAGCAACAGAAGGAAUCAGAGUCUACCCAGAAGGCUGAGAAGGAAGUGUCUCGCAUGGUGGUGGUGAUGAUCCUUGCUUACUGCUUUUGCUGGGGGCCCUAUACCUUGUUCGCAUGCUUUGCAGCAGCCAACCCUGGCUACUCCUUCCACCCUUUGACAGCAUCUCUUCCUGCUUAUUUUGCCAAGAGUGCAACUAUCUACAACCCCAUCAUAUAUGUCUUCAUGAACCGGCAGUUCCGAACCUGCAUCCUACAGCUUUUUGGGAAGAAGGUGGAUGAUGGCUCUGAAGUUUCUAGCACCUCUAAGACAGAGGUCUCUUCUGUCUCCUCUGUAGCGCCCGCAUAAACU